AUCAGCUGCCCGCGCUCGGAGCGGGGCCGCGCCGACACGGUGGGGCCGCGCCGCGGGUGGGGUUCCCCCGGUACCCCCUUCUGCCCAUCCAUCCAUCCCUGCAUCCCCGCCCGGAAUCCCCCCCCCCCCCCCCCCGGGUCACCGUCCCCACCCGCCCCACGGCUUCCCUGUCCCCUCUCCGUCCCCUCCCUGUCCCCUCCUGCCCUCGGGGUGCCCCCGGGUCCCCUGGUCCUUCUCCGCGGGGUGUGGGUGCCGUUCUCCCGGGCUGAGCCCCCCCGGCGGGGCCGUGGCGCAGCCCGCGGGAGGCUCUGCUUUUUAUCCGUUUUAUUAUUUUUAGCUUUAAUUAUAAUUUCCAAUUUUACUAUUCAUUUUUAACCCCUCCUCGGCCUCGCCCGGGAGCGCGGGAUGGGUCUCCGGGGGCAGCCCCCGCUCCGUGCCCCCGGGGAGCGCUGCCGGUGGUAGGUGUCCCCCGGGGCUGUCCCCGCCAGGGACAGGGCACCAUGGGGCAGGGGCUCACGGGGCUGGCCGGGGUGCCCAAGCUGCCCGGGGCGCUGCCAGCCGGGACCCCGCUGCUGCUGGACGUGGGGCACACGGUCCCUCCCGGCGGGGAUGCUCUGAGCCACGCACGGGGCCUGGAUUGCUGGGAGGUUCGGGAGCACAACAGCUCCGAGUGGUGCCACUUCAUCCGGAGCAACCCCGACUGCCACCUGGACGGGGGCUUCCUCGACUACCUCGAUGGGGUCUUCUGUGUCUUCCCACCCCGGCUGCUGCCCCUGGCUGUCACCCUCUAUGCUCUCUGGCUCCUGUACCUGUUCAUCAUCCUCGGUGUGACAGCAGAGAAGUUCUUCUGCCCCAAUUUAUCAGCCAUCUCCACCAACCUGAAGCUGUCCCACAACGUGGCAGGUGUCACCUUCCUGGCCUUUGGGAACGGGGCACCUGAUGUCUUCAGUGCUGUGGUGGCUUUCUCUGACCCCCGGACAGCAGGGCUGGCCAUCGGGGCCAUCUUUGGUGCCGGUGUGUUUGUGACCACGGUGGUGGCCGGGGGCAUCGCCCUGGUCAAGCCCUUCACAGCCGCCUCCAGGCCCUUCCUCAGGGAUGUCAUCUUCUACAUGGUGGCUGUCUUCCUCACCUUCGUGGUGCUCUACUUGGGCAGGAUCAGGCUGGGAGAGGCUCUGGGUUACCUGGGGCUCUACGUGUUCUACGUGCUCACCGUGGUGCUCUGCACCUGGAUCCACCGGCGGCACCGCAGGGAUGGGCUGGCUCCUCCUGGAGCCUGGGAGCCAGAGAUGCCGACAGAUGUGGAAGAGCCGGAGCCCUCGGGCACAAACAGUGGGGACUAUGGGGAGGAGUACCGGCCCCUGCUGCCCUCCCGGGAGAGCUCCCUGCGCAUCCUCGCCUCGGCCCUCAGCCCCCUGGACUACCGCAAGUGGAGGAGGAAGCCCUGGUACUGGCGGCUCUUCAAGGCCUUCAAGGUGCCCGUGGAGCUGGUGCUGCUGCUCACCGUUCCUGUUGUGGACCCCGACAAGGAUGACCUGAACUGGAAGAGACCCCUCAACUGCCUGCACAUCCUCACCAGCCCCCUGCUCUGCAUCCUCACACUGAAGUCGGGCACCUAUGGGCUCUACCAGAUCCAGGGCAUCUUCCCAGUCUGGGCACUGGUCACACUGGUUGCCUCUGCCCUGGCCCUCAUCAUCUUCAUCACCACAAGCAAUGAGGAGCCACCCAAGUAUCACUGUGUGUUUGCCUUCCUUGGGUUUUUGGCCAGUGCCAUGUGGAUCAACGCUGCAGCCACCGAGCUGGUGAACAUCCUGCGCACCCUGGGCAUCAUCUUCCAGCUCAGCAACACCGUGCUGGGCCUCACACUGCUGGCCUGGGGCAACAGCAUCGGGGACACCUUCUCCGACCUCACCAUGGCCCGGCAGGGCUAUCCCCGCAUGGCCUUCUCCGCCUGCUUCGGGGGCAUCAUCUUCAACAUCCUGGUCGGUGUGGGGCUGGGCUGCCUGCUGCAGAUGACCAGCAGCCAGCCGCUGGUGAAGCUGGAGCCUGACAGCCCCCUGGUGUGGGUGCUGGCCGGGGCGCUGGGGCUGAGCCUGGUGUUCUCCUUGGUGACGGUGCCGGCACAGUGCUUCCACCUGGGACAGCCCUAUGGCAUUUGCCUCAUCGCCUCCUACCUGCUGUUCCUGUGCGUGGCCCUGCUCACCGAGUUCAGGGUCAUCCAUUUCCCCACCCCCUGAGCGGCCCCAGCAGCUCCAGCCCCGGAGCUUGCUCUGCCUCCCACUGCAGUGGGGGCUGGCCGUGCCCUCCCCUGUCCCUGCCAGGGGGACAAGGGCACCUCGGUCUCACCGUGCUGCUGGAGGUGCCAGCCCAGCCCUCGGGCCCUGCUGUGCUCUGGGGACGGAGCUGGCAGUGCCCACAUCCUCUCCUCGCUCUCUUUAAUUGUGUAAUUUAGGGAAUUCUGGGCAGGAGCAGCAUCAAAACCUCAGCGUGUCAGGGGACAGGGGCAGGACCAGGGGAUGGGGAAGCUCCAGCUCGGGGGCACGGCAGGGGAGGUUCUGCUCCUCAGCUCACCUUCCCCUCCUCAGCUUCCUGCCAUGCUCUGGGACAGAGCUGGGGCAGUAGACAGCUGGUUUUGCCUCCUCAGCUCCCUGCCCUGCUCUGGGACAGAGCUGGGGCAGUUGUGCUGCACAGGGUGGCACUGCCACGGCCCAGGCACACAUCUGUCCUUGGGAAGGACUGUGCCUGUUGGCACCAUGGGCUGGAACAGCAGACAGGGCACAGCCAGACAGGGUUAAGGGGACACAGUGCUCCAGGGACGCACUGGGUUUAGUGCAAGGAAAGCCUGAGGGAAAAACAAACACCAAACCAAGGGAGGCUGGUUUUUCCCCUGCUUUUUUUAGUAAUGUUUUUCAACCUGAGUUUCAGAUCCUACUUUUCUCCUUCUCCUGGGAUAGGCAGAGCUGUAGGAAAGGACUUGGAGGUUUCCACACAUAGUGUUGACCUCUGGCAGGACUAGAUUUAGGCACUGUAAAAAAUUGCAAUAAAAAAAAAAAAAAAAACAAAACCACAAACACAAACCCAACCUUGACUUCUGCCUGCUGCAAGGGCCAUUGCUCCUGCUCUGUGCUGGUCUGACUCAGCCCUUACUCAGCACAGAGCCUCUGGGGUGAGAGGGAACAGCUGGGGCUGAGGAGCCUAGGACACCCAGAGUGGUUUUUCCCGAGGGAAUGGGGAAGUGGUUUCCAGUAGCUGAUGUCCCAAGAGCAGUCACGUGCUGUCACACUGGGAAUGGGGUCAGCAGAGCUCAGUCCUGGGGACAGGGACUCCUGCAGGGCCCACAGUGCCAGAAGAAUAAAGGGGUGGGCUGGUGGUUCUGCUCCCAGCUGGAGAGGACACAGGACACAGGCUGGAAAGUAAAUUCUCACGCCAGAGGGACACCCACAUCCCUGCCCCACAGGAGAGGGGGGUGUUGAGCAAACACCACAACCGCCAGACCUGGUUCCUCCUCCUUUCCUCCUGGGCCUGGAGCAUUUCUCCUUUUUCUAACAGAUACCAGCAGCUUUCACAAAAAAUAACCCUCCCUGUGCCCACAGCCAUCGGCUCUGCCCCGAUCUUGCUCUGGCAGCUGCCAGAUCCAGGACACAACGCCCACUUCCUGCCACAGGCAGGGCUAAAGCAAUCCAAACCCUGGCACACGUCCCAGGACAGAGGUGCAGGGUCAAACACCCCUUCUGGCCUCAACCCUGCACCAGGGCAGCCUUAAAAACCCUAACUUUGAAAGAGUUAUCUUGAUGUUUAGGGAAAAAGCUGACAGGGGGAAGGCAAUAAGGAAGACAGGCUCUGUAAUGUCCUGGAACAGGAAUGUGGAGCAGCUCAGUGAGGCAUGCACACAAAAUAUUCCCAACAUAAGCACUUGCCACCAGAGAGGGCAGGCAGGCUCCUCUUCAAACACUGGAAAUGCUCCAGCUUGGCCAGCCCCACCUCUGGAAUAAGAGGGGAAGGAGGAAAGGAAGCCUUUACGAAGCCGAGGAUGCUCUUUAUUAGUGCGCCUGAAAAAAAUCUAGAGAACAUCUGACAGACACGUCCAUAAAAUCAGGUUUUUUAUAAACAAAACGCCAGCAUACAAAAUCCUGCAGUGCUUCCUCCCAUGCUCCCUACAAAAUGAUUGUCUCCAUUGUCAGUCUGUGUGUGGGGGGAGGGAGAGGAGGAUAAAUAGAAGGGGAUGCCCCGUACUCAAACUUUGUUUCCUUCCAAAGUCAUAUGGAAGAAGCAAACUGCUGCUGCCCUCCUUGGUUAUACAAAAAUAAUGAACACAGGGGGGAUGUGGGGGAGGAUCAACACCUUGGAGGCAGCACCCUGACCCCCAGCCCUCCAGGGAGCCCUUUAUUGCAUGAUCAGCCCUCAGUGCCUUCCUCAGCACAGCUUACAGCCACAGCUCCUUUCACACCCAAAUAACACCCCCCAAAGAAAAAAAAAAGUCACUGAUAGCCCUGCCAGGAGAAAUCAGCUGUAGGGGAAUGUGGAGAUUAA